AAAAGUGAGCUUGUUGCCUCAGGGCUCCAUGGGGCCCAGUGGCUGGCAGUGAGGCUGGGAGGCAGCCCCCAGACUGGUGAGUGGCUGUACCUCUUUGAGAGGUGAAUGAGUCUGAGCAACGCACCAAGUCGUGAGGAGCAGCCGUGUCAUCAACAGAAACCAGCUCCAGUCAGCCAGUGAACCAUCCGAUGCUUUCUACCCAUCUGGCCUCCCUGGGCCCAUGCCAUGCUGAUCACUGUGUACUGUGUGCGAAGGGACCUCUCUGAGGCAACCUUCUCCCUCCAGGUCAGCCCUGACUUUGAGCUUUGCAACUUUCGGGUCCUUUGUGAGCUUGAGUCUGGAGUCCCCGUCGACGAGAUCCAGAUUUUCCACAUGGAGCGAAUCUUGGCAGACGAUCACUAUUCCCUGGGCUCUUAUGGCCUCAAAGACGGCGAUGUGGUUGUUUUACUUCAAAAGGAUAAUGUGGGAUCUCGGCCUGUAGGACGGACCCCAAACCAGCCCCGAGUCGAUUUUGGUGGGACUGCAGUGCCUGGGACUUCAAACUCUAGGCAACAGCACCAACACCAGCACCAGCACCAGCACCAGCACCAGCACCAGCACCAACACCAGCACCAGCACCAGCAUCAGAAACGUGCAUCCUCUGUACAGCAGUCCCAUGGCUUGGCCUCUGGAGAGAAGAUGACUUCUUCUCAAGGUCUGGACAGCCCCACUUUAAUUCGCAGUAUGCUGCUUUCCAGUCCUCAUGAUCUGUCCCUGCUGAAGGAACGCAACCCAACCUUGGCGGAAGCACUGCUCAGCGGAAACCUUGAGACAUUUUCUCAGGUCUUGAUGGAGCAGCAGAGGGAAAGAUCCUUGAGAGAGCAAGAGAGACUGCGCCUCUAUUCUUCUGAUCCAUUUGAUCUGGAUGCUCAAGCCAGAAUAGAAGAAGAGAUUCGGCAGCAGAACAUCGAAGAAAACAUGAACAUAGCCAUGGAAGAGGCCCCCGAGAGUUUUGGACAAGUGGCAAUGCUCUAUGUCAACUGCAAAGUGAAUGGAUAUCCUCUGAAGGCUUUUGUUGACUCAGGAGCCCAAAUGACCAUCAUGAGUCAAGCUUGUGCUGAGAGAUGUAACAUAAUUAGGCUGGUGGACCGACGAUGGGCUGGAGUUGCUAAGGGAGUGGGCACACAAAGGAUUAUUGGCCGCAUUCAUCUAUCUCAGAUUCAGAUUGAAGGUGACUUCUUACAGUGCUCUUUUUCCAUCCUCGAGGAGCAGCCCAUGGACGUACUUCUAGGACUAGAUAUGCUCAGGAGACAUCAGUGUUCCAUUGAUUUGAAGAAAAAUGUGCUGGUGAUUGGAACCACUGGCACACAGACUCACUUCCUUCCCGAGGGAGAGUUACCCCCCUGUGCUAGGCUGGUAAGUGGAACUGGGCAAGAGGAGUCUUCAAAUAAAGAAGCAUCAGAUAAAACGAAACGUUCAGUCAUGGAUUCAGGACGCAAAAAGCAUUGAAGCAGGUUAUAAAUAUGCUACCAUCUUAAGGGAGCCUCAGGUCCUGGGAGAUUAUAAACAUGAGCUCACUGGCAAUGCAAUCAUUAAAAACAUCAGUAACAACUAAA